UCAUGAUGACGGCGUGGCGUGUGGUGGCGACGCCGCCCUCGGUGAUGUGGAGUCGCCCCUCCAGCACACGAAGGGAAAACCUGCAGACACAUGAGCGACACGUGGCAUGGUGAUGCAUCGCUGGUCGUCGGAUCCACUUAUGAGUUGUUGUCUUACCAAUGUGUUCACUGACAGGCGAAGCGAUACUUCCCCCACUGGAAACGAUCUGCCGUUGACGACCUCCUCAGACAGGCAGUCAUGAUACUCUGCACAUACAGGCACAGAAAGACAGUUCGGCUGGCCCGCGUACGGGAAUAUGGUCUCUCUGUGUGUAUGCACCGAGACACACAUGCGCGCACACACACAGAGAGAGAGAGAAGGGGCGAAAGUAUGUAUCCUUCUCGGCCGGCAAGUGUUGGAUGUGUUUGCUCACUUCGCGUAGUACGGUCCUCCUCGAUUGAACGCUCUGAUGAUCUUGUGAAGGCGCACGUGGUUGGCCAUGCGCUCCACCUGCACACACACACACCACAAGACCAGACCAACGGGUUCGCCUGUCUGUCUGUGUUUGGCUCGAGAUGUCCCUCCCCGACACACCGCGGCACUGAACGCGCUCUCGUCCAGGAUUUCGCCGUCCUCCCCGAGAUACUGACUCACCCGAGAUACUGACUCAGCCGAUAUAGCUGUGCCUGCACACGCAAUUAACAGAGGCACGCACACACACAGCGGCUUGUUGGUUGUUGCAUCCAUUCCACGUGCAGUCGGUGGCCUUACCGAUAGAGUGUUUUAUCGAGUCGCGAAUCUAUACAGACCCCAUUUGUACCGCUUGGCGCCCGACCACCACUGGAGGCACGCCCGCAUGGUGCUCUGCACACAGACAUGCAGCACCACGGCACACGCAUCUAUCAAUGGAGCACUCAUCGCGUGUGCCGCUGAUCAGACGCUGCAAUCAUCCAAGGUCACGGACGCCAGAUGCGAUGAAUCAAGCGGCAGAUGGGUCAGAUAUCCAUCAUCCAGCCAUGCUCCGCCUUUGCAACAGAGCCGACCGCCUGUCCACACACAGGCUGAAAAUGAAAUCAGGGGGGCGGCAAUUAUGACCAAUGGGGAUGUGUUCAUUUAGGAAAUCGCAGAGUCAGACAGAAAGCAUACAACAAAUGCACUGACACUGUACACGCAGGCCUGUCUUUCAUCAGGCACCCACCCACUACACUCGUAUCAACAACAAGUACACCACAGUCGAAAAAAGAACCUCCCACCCCCAUCUAUCAAACUUUCGUCUCAGGUGAUUCUUCCCCUGUCUCCGUGCUCGGUGCGCGGUGGUGUUUCGGCUUGUUGAUUUCGGCGAAGUUGAACAUUGUCUCGUAGGUGGGCGACUUGGGUAGCGUAUCCAUGAGCCUGCGCACAUAUAGACACACACGCGCACACACACAGAGAGAGAGAGAAGGGGCGAAAGUAUGUAUCCUUCUCGGCCGGCAAGUGUUGGAUGUGUUUGCUCACUUCGCGUAGUACGGUCCUCCUCGAUUGAACGCUCUGAUGAUCUUGUGAAGGCGCACGUGGUUGGCCAUGCGCUCCACCUGCACACACACACACCACAAGACCAGACCAACGGGUUCGCCUGUCUGUCUGUGUUUGGCUCGAGAUGUCCCUCCCCGACACACCGCGGCACUGAACGCGCUCUCGUCCAGGAUUUCGCCGUCCUCCUUGAGGUACUGACUCAGCCGAUACAGCUGUGCCUGCACACGCAAUCAACAGACACACGCACAUGUCCCCAGCUGCCUGCCUCUUGGAUGCGUGUGUACGUUGCUCAGCUGAGAGGGGGCAAACAUCCAGUCGGGCCAGGUGCUUCUGCCUCGGUACAGCCUCAU